AUCGCAUUCCGCCCGAGUCGCCACGAUGGGGAUCCUGGAGAAGAUCGCGGAGAUCGAGAAGGAGAUCGCCCGGACCCAGAAGAACAAGGCUACGGAGUACCACCUGGGUCUGCUGAAGGCCAAGCUCGCCAAGUACAGAGCUCAACUUCUAGAACCUUCCAAAUCAGCUGCGGCCAAAGGGGAAGGCUUCGAUGUGAUGAAGUCGGGGGAUGCUCGGGUGGCGCUGAUCGGUUUCCCUUCUGUGGGUAAGUCCACGUUUCUGAGUUUAAUGACUUCCACGGCUAGUGAAGCAGCUUCUUAUGAAUUCACGACAUUGACCUGCAUUCCUGGAGUCAUAGAGUACAAAGGAGCCAAUAUCCAGCUUCUAGAUCUUCCUGGGAUCAUUGAAGGAGCUGCUCAAGGGAAGGGCCGAGGACGCCAAGUGAUUGCGGUGGCCCGGACCUCAGAUGUCGUCAUCAUGAUGCUGGAAGCCACCAAGGGAGAAGUGCAGAGAGCUCUCUUGGAAAAGGAACUGGAAACAGUUGGCAUCCGGCUGAACAAAAAUAAACCCAACAUCUACUUCAAGCCCAAGAAGGGGGGUGGCAUCUCCUUCAACUCCACCGUGAGCUUGACUCACUGCUCGGAGAAGCUGGUGCAGCUCAUCCUUCACGAAUACAAAAUCUUCAAUGCGGAGGUUCUGUUCAGGGAAGACUGCAGCGCAGACGAAUUCAUUGACGUGAUUGUCGGCAACCGAGUGUACAUGCCCUGCCUUUACGUUUAUAACAAAGUUGACCAGAUCUCUAUGGAAGAGGUGGACCGCCUGGCUCGGAGGCCCCAUAGCGUCGUGAUUAGCUGUGGCAUGAAGCUGAAUUUGGACUACCUGCUGGAAACGCUGUGGGAAUAUCUGGCUCUCACCUGCAUCUUCACAAAGAAAAGAGGCCAGAGACCUGAUUUUUCAGAUGCAAUCAUUCUGCGAAAGGGGGCCUCCGUACAGCACGUGUGUCACAGAAUUCAUCGGACGUUAGCUGACCAGUUCAAGUACGCCCUUGUGUGGGGAACCAGCACCAAGUACAGCCCCCAACGAGUCGGGCUCAGCCACGUGGUGGAGCAUGAAGACGUCAUCCAGGUGGUGAAGAAGUAAUCGCCCGCACCUUGCUCCCCUCCGUAGAGUUUCCAUGCAGCUUAACUGUAAAAUGUGUAAGAACUAACCUGCCCCACAUGGUCAAAGGAGGCGGGGCAGGGAGGACACUCUUCCCCAGUCCUAGAAGGAGAGACAGCCACAGAGGGGGGCGAAGCUUUUUGGGGACACAGAAGGACCAGGGUUUUCUCCUGAGUGGGGAAACUUGCUUAGAUGAAGCCUGUCGCUGAGGGUCCUUCGAGCACUCGAUGGGAGAGGAUUUGAGACCGAACGAGGAUGGCAGCCUGGCUACCUCUGGUCAGCGGCCUCAGAUUUGUGACCUGGUGACCCUGGAGUGGGAUGUCGGAUCCAGAAUGAAGAACCUGCCUUUCUCCCUUCAGAACUCAGCCUUGCCACCUCUUCUCUGUGGACAGGAGAUCCAUAAAGGAAGGAUCUACCCACGCCUGGGAGCCUGGAUUGAUGAGUCCUCUCCCCUCCUCCCUCCUCAUUUCACCAGGUCAUCUCCUGGUCCCAUAGCCCACCCCCAGACUUCGACUCCAGACCCAUCAGCCCCCUUCUCCCUUGACCUUCUGCUGAAAUAAAGGAUGGUCCUCACGUCUCUUUGG